AUGUACAAUCACCGUUGUCUGAUGCACAAUAUUGUUAAAGGCGAGUUUCCCUGCGAUAAGUGUGAAAAAAUAUUUCCCUACGAAAAAUCAUUAAAAAGGCACGUGAAGAGGUUUCACAAAGACAAGAACAAAUUCGAAUGCGAGCUGUGCAAUCGAGGAUUCUCAGCGCCUUGUUACCUGUCUGAACAUGUUCAUAGAGUGCACGAAAAUGUUUAUAAAUACGUAUGUAAUAUCUGCAACAAAGGCUUCAUACAGUUGAAGAACCUCAAAGAGCACGAGAAGAUAGAACAUGAGGGGUUUCGUUAUACUUGCCAGCAGUGCGAAAAGUCGUACAAGAAAGAAGUCAGUUACAAGUUACAUAUGAAAACACACAACGAGGAGUUUGUCCAAGCAAAGUAUCCAUGUGAGCAGUGCUCCUCCAUUUUUUCUUUAAAAAGACGGCUCGUCCUUCACGUAAAAAGGAAGCAUUCUGAUUGGAAAGGCACUGCUUGUGUACGCUGUGGAAAGCUAGCUAAGAAUAUGAAGAGACAUCUCAGGACACAUACCGGUGAAAAACCGUAUCCAUGUUCGCAGUGUGAGAAGUCGUUUGCCAGUUUCAGUGCCAGGCAAAAUCAUUUGAGAGUGCAUACGAAAGAAAAACCUUAUAGGUGCGACACAUGCGAUAAGAGAUUCACACAGCGGAGUACCUUGGUGGUACAUAUGAGGUACCAUACCGGAGAGAGGCCUUACAGCUGUCGUUUUUGUCUUAAACGGUUUGUGACCAAAACUUUGCUCAAGGAUCAUCGGUGUAAGACAGAUGAUGGAUAUUUAAGAGAGAUAUGUACUUGA